AUGAACAAUCUAAUGAUUAGCACCCACUACAAUACUACUAGUACUACUACUAGUACUACUACUACUACUACUACUACUACUACUACUACUACUACUACUACUACUACUACUACUACUACUACUACUACUACUACUACUACUACUACUACUACUACUACUACUACUACUACUACUACUACUACUACUACUACUACUACUACUACUACUACUACUACUACUACUACUACUACUACUACUACUACUACUACUACUACUACUACUACUACUACUACUACUACUACUACUACUACUACUACUACUACUACUACUACUACUACUACUACUACUACUACUACUACUACUACUACUACUACUGAUUUUAUGAGAUUCAUCAAAAUAUAUAUAUUUACAAUUUAG